AAACGGCGGAAAACAUUGGGUACUCGUGCAACUUACUGCGGGAGGAGAUGAACGACGUCUUCAUCAUAUCAGCCAAUUCUCCCGAGGACGUCAGACAGGAACUGAGGGAUGCAAGAACCUCCAUGAAACCAGGAGAGGAUUCAGUGUUUUUCCCGGAAGGCACUCUGGGUAAAGGUGUGAAAGUGAUGGCAGACGAGGCGGUGAAUGGAGAGUACGGCUUGGUCAUCAACGGACACAGCCUGGCGUACGCCCUGGAGCGCAGCAUGGAGCUGGAGUUCCUGAGGACAGCGUGCAUGUGUAAGGCUGUGAUCUGCUGCAGGGUCACUCCUCUGCAGAAGGCUCAGGUGGUGGAGCUGGUGAAGAAGUACAAGGGGGCGGUGACCCUGGCCAUAGGAGACGGAGCCAACGACGUCAGCAUGAUCAAAG